CAAAGAAGCCAGCCAAAUGCCAUGGCAAGGCUAUAUGAUGCAGCCCUUAAGGGAGAUGUGCAUUCCCUAAACAACUUGCUCCAAGAAGAUGCACUUAUCCUCGAACGAUGCAUUAUCGAAAGAGGCCGAUACACGCAGUCUCCAUUACAUGUAGCUGCUAAAAUGGGGCACUUAGAUUUUGUCAAAACCGUACUCGAAGCGAAUUCAACUAUGCGUUUUGCACACGAUGAAGAUGGGAUGACCCCAGUUCAUGUAGCUGCUAUACAUGGUAAAAUUGAUGUGCUUGAAACUUUUCAUAGUGAAGAACCUCAAGCAAUUCGAGAGCUUACCAAGAGUGGUGAAACUGUUUUACAUUUGUGCGUCAAGCACAAUCAGAUGGAAGCUUUGUUGCUUUUGUUGAAUCACAAAGAUGAGAUCGAUCUAGAGUUGCUCAUCAACUCCGAGGAUAGUGAUGGCAAUACUAUCUUGCACCUUGCAGUAAUUGAUAAACAGGUUGAGAUAGAUAUGAUUGAUCUAGCUAAUGAAAUAUGUAAUAAAAUACUUAAAUGA